CACUGGAGGGGGUGGGUGAAAGGUGAAAGGUAACGACUACAGUUUCCCGGGAAAUUCACACACGAGGGUACAGACUGCGAAUUAACAGGGUGUCUGCUUGUUGAAGCCCUGAAACAUGGCAAAAAUUACAGAAAAGCUGCUGCGAGAGCGAGGUCUUCCAAAGGGUUCCAAAUUAAAGAAAGUCCGCUGUUUGAAUCUGUCCAACUUGAGCUUAAAGAAUGAAGACCUGGAUUGUUCUCUGCUCUCACAGAUGCAAGAGCUAGAAGAGCUAGAUGUUUCUGAAAACUUGCUGACUGCAUUCCCAUUGGGGCUAAAUUUGCCCUGUCUCCGCACCCUGAAUUGCUUCAACAAUCAGCUAGAAGAUGUGAUAGCACUGGAGCAGUUCCACCAGCUUGAGGAGCUCAACUUGGAGGAUAAUCUGUACCUUACAGUCAGUGAUAACUACAAAGCAAUGUAUCUGUUGCCAAAGCUGAAACGACUCAGUGGGAAAGAUAUCAGCUCAACAGCCAAUCACAUUCGCCACGUGAACAGUGAGGAGCUUUCCAAACGGGUCACAAAGCUGUUUGAGGCCAACUUCAGAUGUCGCCUUCCUGAUCCACCAUCGACUGCAGCUGUGAGAAAACUUGAGGCAGAGUUUUUGAAAGAGGCCGAGAAGCAAGUGAAGUAUGGACCAAAUUCCCUGAGUGACUACACAAAAUGGAGGGUAAAUAAAAUAGCUACCGAACUUCUUGCUUCACUUAUCAACACAGCAAAGAGUGAUGACCACUUUAGCAGAGAGGUAAUGGAUGAAUCUCAUUCUAAAGAAGCUGUAAAUAACACCAGGUCCAAGGAAGGCAGACUAGUUCAAUCUCCAGGAAAAAGGAAGGCUUCUAAUUGUAAUCAGAAGGAGUCUAACAAGAAAAUGCGCUCAGACGUUGAUGACACACGAACGUCAUUAUCUCCCAAGAGAAUGCCCUCUAAGUCUCUGCUUAGGUCCUCAGAUUCCAGCUCCAUUGACUCAAUAAAGAUUUCCAAAGAAGUGAAUCCAUUACAUCAGAGUCUAGAAGAAGCCACAGAGAUGCAAGAAAACACAAAGGGAAGUAAAGAUCAGGGCUCUUCGAAUACAGCUGACUCAGACUUAUUGCACAGCCCACAAAAGAACAAGCAGGUACUCAAGAAUAAGAUGUCUGUGGAAAAGGACGUGGGCAGUCUGAAACCACAGAAAAGGAAAGGGAAAGGAACUCCAAUGAAAGAGCAAGAGGAAAGUAAGAUGGAAGACAUUAAUGGCACUUGGUGUGAAAAUACUAAGGACUCGAUCACUUGGGAGCCAAUCCAUUUCCUGCAGUGCCACAGCAAUAUGAACAGCCCAAAAGAUUUAAAGACGCAGCUUUGGGCCUGUGCCUUUGAACCAGUGCUGGACACACCUUCAAAAACAGUAUUAAAUGGCACAUCCUCUCAGACUGUGGCAACAUGUGGAGGUGAUUCAGUGUGCAUUAUUGACUGUGAAACAGGAACAGUGUUGAAGAAGUAUAAAGUUCCUUCAGAGGGAUUCUUCACAGUUGCGUGGACGACUUUGACAAUGGUGACCAAAAAUGGAAAGCGUCGUCUUCUCAAUGUACUGGCUGCAGCAGGGACAAGAGGCAUUGUUAAGCUCAUCCAUCCCAGGGCCAACUUGGCAUAUGGGGAGUUCAAAGCCAGCAAAAAACCUGUGUCAGCAUUGGUCUUCAGUCCUGUCCAGGAGGCAUUCCUUUUCACUGCAACAUAUGAAAAGAAGAUCAUACUAUGGGACAUUGGUGGCCUUGGUGAAGAAUAUGACUUCAGAGUCAGCAAGCUACUCACCCUUGAAACCAAAUCCAUUCCACUACAUGUGAAACUAGUGCCUUCACAACCUGAACAUCUCCUUUUGGCUGCCUGUGAAGAAGGAAUGUUUGUUUUUGACAUUGAUCUGAACAAAAACAAAUCCAAAAGGCCUGCUGAGUGGGAAGUGCUGUUCCCUGUAUAUAACCAAGAAGAUGAGGAUGGGUACAAUGACUUUCGGCUCAUUGAUGGGUUAUCUUUUCUUAGUGACAAUAUAGUUGUGUCCAAGAGUGCCAAGCAGGGAUCCAUCUACUUAUGGAGCUGGAAGCAGACAUUAGCUGCACAGCAGAAAACAAAAAAUAAAAAGCUGGAAGCUGUGAUCCUAGCAGAGCUGCAGUGGUGUGACACAGACAUCACACAUUUGUCUCUUGGCACCUGCCCAGACAAAGACUAUGUGGCUUGUGGAGAUGAUAAGGGGGCCGUGUGGACAUAUGAUUUGGAACUCUUUUUGCAGACCAGAGCCAAGGCCACCAAGAAGAUUGCCCCAUCACAGGUUUUGGAAUGGCCUGCUCCAAACCAGAAUGGCAAAGGUCCUCUUGAACCUAUGUCCAUUAACAAUGUGGGGAUGGACCCUGAGCUACAUUAUUUAGUGGCCCUGACUGACAAGAAUAUUGUUGUUAUAUGGAAGAGGAUGCAACAGCAGUGAAUCAUUUGCCCGUAAUGCAUGGUGGUUAACUGUAGUCUGUGUGAAGUAUCUUGUCAUUUAAAGACUGGCAAUUAUACAUGCAAGGCUGGCCCUCCUGUGAUACAGAGAAAAGAUUUCUGGAAACAUUUUUUUUUCCAAAACUAACCUGGAAGGAGACCACAAGUCCAACUUCAGUGAAAGUGCAACUGAAAGUUGGGAUCAAGAAGUUGGUUGCUGCCAGUACAAAAUGACCCACAAAAUGUCUAUAGGAGGAAGUUCAGGUCACUUUCUCCACAUCUGUUUUUGACAAAAUAAUUAAUUUUUCUUAACUGUUUGUACAGGCGACAUGAGACAUUCACCUUCUGAGUAAAAUUUCUGCUUUACCUAAACCAUUCCCAGGCACUCUUAAAGACAGACAACAGACAUGUAGUCAUUGGAUGUUUGUACAAUGAUCAUUUAAAACUUAUGAUAUCUAUUUACUUUAAAUCGUAGAUCCAAAGUUUCUGUUCCAGUCAUCUAAUAGAUUUAACAUUUAGUGUCUAAUGUAUCUUUAAAUCUAGUACUAGUAAAAGAAGGCAGAGAAAAUCUCUGUUGAUUUGAAUUAGACUAGGUGAAUGUAUGUGUACUAGAUACUCCCAUGCUUCUCUUAGACUAGAAAUGAAGAUUCUCUGAACAUAAAGGAACAUUCUGCUACUAAAACAUUCACUUUUUAGAUGUAACAGAUUGAAAUGAUAAGACAUAGUCUUAAAUGGAGAAUUUUGUAACAUACCGAGGCAACAGUACAUAUUAUUCAAUGUGCCUUUAUGUAUUGUACAUCUUGAAAAAUAUUACAUAAAGACAUAAAGAGGCCUGGUUCAUGUAAAAAAGUUUGGGUAAGGUAAACAAAUUAAUUCUGUUUUACCAUCAGUAACUCUUUUCAGUAGUUUUUCCCCAUUGAGAUUAAGUUGUAUUCAUUUGUGCUGGUCAAUUUUUAACAUGAAAAGCAGAAACAAUAUGUUAUAAAAAAAAAGUUAAAUAGUAUUUUCUUUUACUUUUAUUAUGUGGUGUUUAGAUAUAAUCAUGGUCUUCCAAAACAACCAACCAUUACUAGGUACACUGAGCUUCAACUCAUUACAAUGGAAUAUUAAAAACAGUUAAAGAUG